AUGUCGACUGCUCGAGCUGAGCCCGCCGAGGAUGCGGUAGCACCACGAGCACCAGUACCAGUGCCUUCACCCGUCAGCCCUGCGCUCGACUUUGCUGCCGGGACCAGCUCAGGCAUAGCAUCCCUCCUCGUCGGCCAGCCUCUCGACACCGUCAAGGUCCGCCUCCAGACGCAGCCGCGCACGUCCCUGUGGCGAGGAGGCGGCAUCGAGGCGGCGUGCGAGGUGUCGAGCCGCCAGCUGUACUACAAGGGCGCCGCGCAUGCCCUCGUCCGCGUCGUGCGCGAGGAAGGGAUUGCCGGGUUGUACAAGGGCGUUACAUCUCCAAUGCUCGGCGUCGCCCUCAUGAACGCCUCGGUCUUUACCUCGUACAAGUACGCCAUGAACGCCAUGCUGCCGCAUCCAGAUGCCGAGGCGACACUCGCCCAGGUCACGCUCGCCGGGUCUGCGAGCGGCAUCUUUACCUCGUUCAUCACGACGCCGAUCGACCGCCUCAAGAUCCUGCAGCAGUCGACCUCGGUCGGCCAAGCGCGCCAGCCGUCGCUCCUGUCGCUCGUGCGCUCGCUCCCGCCAACGUCGCUCUACCGCGGCUGGACCGCGACCGUCCUGCGCGACACGGGCUACGGCCCGUACUUCCUCGUGUACGAGUACUUUGUUCGCGGCGGGACGCUCGGCCUCUUUGGCGGCGGCGACAAGGAGCGCGAGCGAGGGAGAGCGGGAGGUCCGAGCGGGGGAGGGGCGGACUUGGUCGACGAGGCGGAGCGGGUCGUGCUCGGCGGCGAGGACGGGCAGGUGGCAGCGAGUGCGACGAGGGUGCUCGUCGCGGGAGGACUGGCGGGCAUCGUCGGGUGGGGCUGCACCUUCCCGAUCGACGUCGUCAAGACGAAGAUGCAGUCGCUCCCUCCUCCCGACCCUUCCUCCUCUCGUUCCUCUUCCUCCUCCUCUCGCUCCGCCCACCCCUACGCGACUGUCCGCUCGACCGUCGCCGCCGUCCUGCGCGAGUCGGGUCCGCGAGGGUUCGUGACGGGCCUCGCGCCGACGCUCGUGCGCAGCGUGCCGGUCAACAUGGUCACGUUCGCCGUGUUCGAGCUCGUCGUUGCGACUUUCCGAUAGAUCACGCCCCUUCUCGUUCGUCUCUCGUCGGCCAUAGAUCCUUAGACGCGCUCUCUCGUAGACUCAGUACCACCACCGCAACGCAAUCCUUUCUGCUCUC